CCCCCUGACAGGCCCCGGGGCGAGGUCCGGAGCCGUGUGCGCGCCCGGUGGAGGGGAACACACUUCUUCGCAUGGGAGCAGCAUGCGGGAGAUGGUCGGAGGCUGCUGCGUGUGUUCGGACGAGCGCGGCUGGGCCGAGAACCCGCUGGUGUACUGCGACGGGCACGGCUGCAGCGUCGCGGUCCACCAAGCAUGUUAUGGUAUAGUCCAGGUUCCCACCGGUCCGUGGUUCUGUCGGAAGUGUGAAUCGCAGGAGAGGGCGGCACGUGUGAGGUGCGAACUGUGUCCCCACAAAGAUGGAGCCCUCAAGAGGACCGACAGCGGAGGCUGGGCUCACGUGGUGUGUGCGCUCUACAUCCCGGAGGUUCAGUUUGCCAACGUCCUCACGAUGGAGCCCAUCAUCCUGCAGUACGUCCCCCACGACCGAUACAUCAAGACCUGCUACAUCUGUGAGGACCACGGCAGAGAGAGCAAGGCGGCCUGCGGUGCCUGUAUGACCUGCAACCGGCAGGGCUGCCGACAGGCCUUCCACGUCACCUGUGCCCAGUUGGCCGGCCUGCUGUGCGAGGAGGAAGGCCCAGAAGCUGACAACGUGAAGUACUGCGGUUACUGCAAGCACCACUACAACCGGAUGCAGAAGAAGUUGCGCUCCAGUGAAAACACGACGAGCUCCUUCAGUCACGUGCGAGGGCGCUCGAGCUCGCCGCCGCAAGACAAGCAUCACCACCACCGGCAGAGGAAGAGUCACAAGGACAAGAUCCGGCAGAAAGAGAGACACAAGAAGUCCUCCGACGGCCUCGGCUCCUCGGUGACCGGCGGCAUGGAGAAGAUCUCCUCCGGCCACCACGGCAGUAAGGACGCUGAAGGGAAGUCCAAGAAGCCGAGCUCUCACGGUCACGGCCAUCGCAGCAAGAAGACGGGAAGCACCGGCAAGAGCUGCUCGUCGUCCUCGUGCUCCUCCAGCCCCUUCGACGCAGGCGGCUCCUUGUCGUCGGCGCAGGAGUUCCACCCGUUCCCGUCGGCGUGCCUGGAGCGCGAACGCGACCCGGGGUCGGACGACCACAGCGGCGAGGAGCGGAGGGAGCGCCGCAGGAGGCCGGCCUUCCAGGAGCAGGAGGAGGAGAGAGAAGAGGAGGAUGCAAAGGGUGAGGACAAAGACGGGGAGGAAGAGGAGGAGGAGGAGGACAGUAAAUUCCACAAACCGCCGGCUUUGACUCCGGCCGACGGGCCUCUGGCGGGGUCGCAGGGUCACGACCGGGCGGAGGGUGACUCCUUCGAGAACAAGGUCACGAUCUCGACCUUCGGGUCCAUCAUGCGCAUCACCUCUUCGUCGGGGCUGGGCGGCAGCAGCAAGAUCCGGAAGGUCUCCUCCUCCUCCUCUUCCUCCGGGGACUACAAGCCCUCCAAGAGCCUCUGCAAACCGUCUCAGCUGAGCACGCCGCCCAUCCUGGAGGAGGCGGCGGCCCAGGAGGACAAGGCCACGCCUCCUCCACCGCCGCCGCCCAGAGAGAGGCGUCACCGCGGCAACAAGAAGAGCAGCCACGGCCCGGGGCGGCCGCGGGGCAGCAAGAACCGGGAGAGGCGGGAGGAUGAGCAUCACCACCACCACCACCGCCGCGCCGCGCCGCCGCCGCCACCGGGCUCGAGCUCCUCGCUCUUCACGAGCCCCUCCCCCGCCCCGCACCCCGCCUUCCCCUCCACGCCGCCGCCCACGGCCAUCGCCUCUUCCUCUUCUUUCUCCUCCUCCUCCUCCAGCAUUUUUUCCACAAGUCGUGGCAACUCUCUGCUCAGCUCCGGUCUCUACUCCAGCCUCAAGGACCCUCUCUCCCUGGGGGGGGGCGUCUGCAGCACCUCCUUCUCCCUGGGGGGGGGAGGGGCGUGCAGCACCUCCUUGUCUCUGGGAGGCGGCAUGUGUGGCACCCCUCUCUCCUCAGGACUCCUCCCCUCCCACGCCUCCUCCCUCUCGCUGCCGCCUGUCAGCGGCGUGUCAAACACACAGGUCCAUCCGGGCUCCGCCUCCAGCUUCGGCCUGACCUCCACGGCCCCGACGCCGCUGACCCAGACCUCGCUGCCAGAGUCCGACCUCGACGACUGUCGCUUCCCGUGUCCGGGGACCUCGCCGAGAGAGAGUCUCUCCUCCCAGUCUCCGAUGAGCUUCCUCCCUCUCCUCUUCGACCAGCGGGACGGGCCGAGCGCGGCGCUCCGAGCGCGGCCUGAGGACGUCCCUCCGGCCGGCGCCCACAUCGAGCUGCUGCUGGAGAAACACGGCAACGGGGAGAUGGGCGUGAACAUCGUGGAGAUGCUCCAGUCGCUCCACUCGCUGCAGCAGGAGAACCAGCGGCUGCAGCAGCAGAUCUUCGGCCUCACGGUGAAGCGGGAGCGGCUGCAGCUGCUCAACAGCGACCUGGCCGGGACCUUCCCGCCGCCGCCGCCGCACACGCUCUCCGCCUACGGCGCCACGCACUCCUCCGCCCAGGCCCACUUCCUGUCCUCCGCCCACGAGCCGCUGAGCACCAAUAAGAGUCCUCCGUCCAAAAGCUGCUUCCUGAAUGACACCUCCUUCGUUACCUCACCUGAGGAGCUGCACUCUGGCAGUCCGUCCCGCAGUAGCUCCUCCCUCUCCUUCCAGAGCACGCCUCCUCAACAGAGCCCCGCCUCCUUUGGCCAGCCCCUGCCGAACGGCUCGGGCCUCACGUCGUUCCAGCUGAACGUGAACGGCGUGAUCCAGAACGCCGGCCCUCAGGCCUCGCUGCCCGGCCUGCGCCCGCAGCCGCCGCCGCUCGGCGCUCAGGGCUUCACGUUGCCCAAGAGUCUGAGCCCGUCCUCCCUCCUGUCGGAGCAGCAGAGGCAGCAGCAGCUGCAGCUGCAGCUGUUCCUCAGCUCCCACAACUUCACUCCUGAGCAGCAGGUGAUGGUGUGCCAGAUGCUGCAGCAGCAGAGGCAGCGGGAGCUGCAGCGCCUCACGCUGGCCGGAGGCCUCCCCUCCACCCCCCCUCCCCCGGCCUGCUGACCUCGGCCUCGCCCCUGCAGGGCGGCGGCCUCUUCGGCCUGCUGGACAACGCGCUCCACAAGCCCGGGGCUGCAGGUGGAGACAAGAACGGGUGACGGACGCGUCUUGAUUUCACCGGAGCGGCUCGAAUGAAGACACGCCCCCUUGGAGGACUUAGGUCAACGUGACUGCUCAACAUUUUUCUUCUUCUUCUGUCAUCUUUUUAUCGUACGCCCUCUUUUUAUGAAUGUAUAACAGGAUGGACUGAACCCUGGAGGUGACCUUUGUUGUUGUUUAUAUCGGAGGUUUCUUCUAGGUUUUGUUUUUGUGUCGGCAGCUUUUCAGAGAGCGUGAAUGCAGUGGUCUCUCUUCUUAAAUUGCACUAAUUUGUUACUCGACCAAUGGGGCUGCUUUAUGAAGGCGGAGCCAGGAGCUCCUGCUCACUCCUGCAGGAGCUUUUUUUUGGGAUGAAGUGAGAGUCACAGACGUCCGUCACUUCUUGCAACCUCGACCGUCUUCCUUGAUAUUGUGUCUUCCCCUCUUCGUGUUCACCUCUUCAUCUUCCAGCUGCAGCCUCCAGGAUGAAUAGACUCAUGUCUGAUGUGUGGUGCGUGGCGUUGCAACAUUAAGCUCGUUAUUACCUCAGAUGUUUCUGCCACGUAUUUUCCAUGUCGAGUCAUUUCCGUAAAUCGCCUUCACUGGAUUUAAAUGGCCACCGAGAAAAUAUUGAUGUUCGCUCUGAAGCCGCGUUCACACCGGAAGCGUAGAGCGAAUAUUCGCAACGCUUUACUCGCGUGACCAUUUGUGGCGUUUUGCUUUAUUCGCGCCUUAGAGGGGGCGGGGCUUAUCUCUGUGGCUUUAGUCCGUGGAAACGGUUAUCAUCUCCUUCAUCCACCAGGAAGAACUAACCACGAGUUCUGCUUUAGACUUGUUGAGGACAUCCAACGCCCUCGUGUUCGGGUUCAUAACAUUAAUAUCAUAUAUAUAUAUAUAUAUGAUAUAUAUAAUAUACAUAUAUAUAAUAUAUCAUAUAUAUAUAAUAUACAUAUAUAAUAUAUAUAUAUAUCAUAUAUUAUAUAUAUAUAUCAUAUAUAUAAUAUACAUAUAUAUAUAUUUCAUAUACAUAUCUAUAAUAUAUCAUAUAUAUAAUAUAUAUAUAUAUCAUAUAUAUCAUAUAUAUAAUAUACAUAUAUUAUAUAUUUAUACAUGACAACACAGCUCGGUGACCUUCCCCUCUAGUCUGAAUGUCUCUUCCAGCUCCACUAGAGCAGCUGUUGGAUCGACCAAUGGAGGAGCAGCUCAACUCUGAUUGGCUUUCACGACUCGUCGUCAGGCGAAUUUUUCGCCAGGGUUGAAAUAUUAGCGUAAUUCGCUUUUGGUGUGAACGCAGCUUUGGGUUUUGAUCUGUGUAAAUGUAAACAUGGCACUUAGCUCGUGGUCCACGGCGCCGCCGCCGCGGUCCACUAGAGACGGGUCGAGUGUUCAGAACCACCGGGAGAGUUUCUAAAAGAUUUCCAUCUCUUCCCGGUUGCUCUCGAGAUUAAGCAGACGAAACCAAACAUUUGGAAAAUGUAAGAAAUUUAUAGUUUGUGUUCACUUAGCAUGUUAGCGGCUAACGGAGUAAAUCACCCACCGCCCCCUUCGCUCGGUACUGAAAGGCCACCAGGACUGACUUUUGAUUGAUGUGAAUAUUUUGCACUCCUCUUUCCUGACGUGUCAUUUGUUGAUUGUUACUUCCAUGCAUCGAUAUUUCCUUUCAUGUUCACACCAACUAGAUGUUCUUUUAGCAAUACUGGAUAGAUAAUAAUGCCUUAAUGAUGCUAGAUUUACAGAGAGGAGCCGGAGCCCAGAGGCUUCGGCUCGCUCGUCGUCUUCUAACGUGUUUUUUUUAAUCUUUGGGUACAUGAGGAAAGUGAAAGCACUCCUUCCCAAAGGCCCGUUUAUACUUUUGAUAGCCGACUUGAUGAUUUAAAAGGUUUUUGAGAUGUGUAAAUAACCGUCUGGUGGUGAACUCGAGUGUCAAAAUGAUUUUCUAUUGUAAUGUUUGUGUUCCGAUGCAAUGCUCUUUAGUCGUUUGUGCUUCAGAGAACUGAGAAACGAGGAUUUUACGGCACAGCGACGUCAUAGGAGGCGUGAACUGUUCUUCUUCAGGUUUCAAGGCGUGUGAUGCAGAGUGUAGCUGCUAGCCGGCGUUACCGGUGACCUCCGCUGCAGGGCUGUUGGACUCAUUGCGUAACUCUCCUUCCACUUCAGUAGUUCUACUCACAAAGGAUCCUCACGUAGCUCUUCUGUUUUGUUUUUAUUUCAUCCUGUGUUUCUCCCUUCAACUUGAUCUCCCUUUUACAUGUGAUAGCUCGAGCGCUAGCAUAUUUAGUUAGCAGCUAACGUAGGCGUGGUGGAGGAACUGCCAGCGGCUCACUGGUCUGACCAGGGUUCAUACGCUCAUGGAACACAUGGAACACGUGGAACACAAACAUGGAACACGUGGAACACAAACAUGGAACACAUGGAACACAAACAUGGAACACGUGGAACACAAACAUGGAACACGUGGAACACAAACAUGGAACACAUGGAACACGUGGAACACAAACAUGGAACACAUGGAACACGUGGAACACAAACAUGGAACACGUGGAACACGUGGAACACAAACAUGGAACACGUGGAACACAAACAUGGAACACGUGGAACACACACAUGGAACACGUGGAACACAUGGAAAAGUCCCGGAAGUUUUUAAUAAUGGUUAUUUCCAGGCCUGAAAAAGCCUGAAAAAUAUGUAAUCCCAAAAGUUUUGGAAAGGUUAUGUAAAUGUGUUAUAUGUUUAUUUACGCAGUUUGAUUAAAAGAAUAAACAUUUAUAUAAAUAUUCAUUCUUUUAAUCAAACUAUUAUCUCUGAAGGUAUUUACACAUUUCACAAAAUGUUUGGUCGGCGAAAUUUAGUUUAAAAGUCCUGUAAAUCCAUCAGUCCCCAUGAGUAUGAGCCCUGUGAUGAAUACUGUAGCAAUGACACGGGGAAUGUUGAUUCUGUGGAUGAAGACACGAGACAUGACUCCAGGUGAGGGGUCAGCAGGGGACAGGUGAGAAGUCAGCAGGGGGUCUCUGGACGGGUCUCUGGACGGGUCUCUGGGGGGUCUCUGAAAAGUCUAGAAGGUCUCUGAAAGGUCUCUAGAGGGUCUCGAGGGUUUCUGAAGGGUCUCUGGAGGGUCUCUGAAAGGUCUCUAGAGGGUCUCUGAAAAGUCUCUAGAGGGUCUCUGAAGGGUCUCUGAAAAGUCUCUAGAGGGUCUCUGAAGGGUCUCUGAAAGGUCUCUAGAGGGUCUCUGGAGGGUUUCUGAAGGGUCUCUGGAGGGUCUCUAGAGGGUUUCUGAAGGGUCUCUGGAGGGUCUCUAGAGGGUCUCUGAAGCGGUUUCUUUCUCGUGUUGCACUGGGGCAUUUUGGGCCCAACUGUAAAUUGUUUUUUUUAAGUACCUUUUUUAAAAUUGUCUUGGAAUAAGAGUUGUAUACUUUUUAACAUGUUUGUGUAAAAACACAUGCAUUCUUUAACGCGCUGAAUUUCUUUGGGAUAACCAAUGUUCUGAAUGUUGUACUGUGUAUUUUUUUUAAUGUAUUACCACAUGUUAAGCACCUGAAGGAGGUUUGAUGGGGAUGUGAAAUGCAGUGACGUCUCGGAUGUGUUGCUAAAUACCAAGUUAUAACUAUGCAUCAUUUUAAAUGCAUUGUUUAAAAAAUUUAAAUAAAAUGAAAUAAGCACUGAAUUAAAAAAAGAAGGAAAAAAAAGUCAAGAUGUUGGCAUUGUACAGUGUAUUUGUUUGAGAGAAUUGGUGAAAACAAAUUUGACAUUAUUCAGAUUUUAAAGCCCUGUAAAGUAUUUUGAUAUUUUUGUGUGUAACAUUUAAAAAAAACGAUUUAAGACGACCUUUUUUUGUCAAUAAAUGUAUUUUACUGA